AUGGUUGAGAUAUUUGAUCCUAGCAAGGGCAGAUUCAUUGUACAAGACUUGGUUGGCGAAGUGUCUCUCGGUGCCGUGGAUGUUGAGUGCAUCUUGGCCUUGGAGAACCACGGACUGUCGGUAGAAGGUAUUCUCGGUGAGGAAGGUGAGGAUGUUAAAGAUCGAGUGCCGCCUCAAUUCCUGAGCAAGACCACAGGUAACAUAGUCAUCGAUGAUCUGAUUGUGGACAUCACAAAAAAUAAAUCUGCCGACGACGAUUUCCUUCGGAGAGUUGUCCUCGUGUUGCUUGGAACAGUUCUUGCUCCCAUGUCGAGCAAGACUUACCUGUACUGGGAGAAGGUUCAGCCUCUGGAAGGUGAAUGCGCAUUCAAUCCUAACUUGUCCAUGGAACCUCUAAUGAGGAAUUGGACUGAAGCUGCAGCCUCAAGGAGAGACAAGUUUGAUUAUGACCAAGGCCGUGGCCGUGGUAACAUCAAGAUUGAAGACAACAUAACCAAGGACUAUAGGGCGCAGGAGCGCAAAGUACCCGAACCAGAAAAGCCAAAAAUGAAGCCCGCUGUUGGUGCGGCAAAGAAGUCCAAGUUAGCCUCAAACGCGGACGAGAUGAUGAACCUCAUCAUGAAGCGGUGUAUGGAUUACAUACGCAGCCAAAUGAAGGAAAUACCAGAACAAGUAGCCGAGAGAUUGUUAGAGAAGUUGAACCAAAAUGGUGUGAUGUACAAGCCAGCGGCUGCUGCGGCUUCCGGCAACAACGAUGCCGACCUAGAAGUGGAUUCCUUUGAGAAUGAGCCGGUGAUUGAUUUGACACAGCCUGACGAGCCUGUUGUAAACCAGAACAACGAUGAUGAGGAAAAAACACCUGCCAAGUUAAAUGUUGACAAGACAACGAAGCCUACUGAUGAGUGCGGCGCAACACCGGAGAACCCUUGGAUUGUAGGUAAUUCUCCUCGAGCAGAAUCGUCCGACAUUGACAUUUCUGCAAGUUCUAUCGACAGGAUGGUGGGUAAGAGCAAGGGGAAAAAUGACAAUGACAUGGAAGGCUCUGGUAAGGACGAUUUGACACCGGAACUCAUCGAUGCUGCUGUUGCGUUUGUGGAGGCAGCUGCUCGGUCUGAGAAGAAUAUGACAAAAAGAGUUUACUACAAUGAACGUGGCACCUCUGUGACUGUGGAGAGUAUACGACCGAUUAUCGAUGCUUAUCAGACACAUUUGGCUCUGCGCGUUGGUCAUGAUCGGCACCUCUGUCCAGCCUGGAGGUCCAAAUACCUUGUUGAUCGUGCUAAGGCACGAGACAACCCUAAACCGUCGAAAUACAACAUGGAUAGUGCGCUGAGCAGAGCUGGAGCAGUACCUAGGGUUCUGGACGAGUAUACCGUCCGUGAUAAGUCGUUUAUCCCGUUGAACGUCGGCAAUACACACUGGAUCACCGUGGUGAUGCACAACCUCAAGAAAGAAUUCCGAGUUUUUGAUUCGCUCUAUCCGCUCGAGUUCUCUCUCGACACUGUGAAAGCACUGCGACUAGCAAUAGCAAUUGAUAUGGAAGAGGCAAACCGUAUUACACCUGGCAAAUAUCCAGACGUCACUAAGUGGCCUAUCAUACCUCAGAUCGACAUGCCACUACAAGAGGACGGGAACUCUUGUGGCCUUUUUGUGAUUGAAGUUAUGGAGCGUUGGGACGGGGAUCGAUGGACCGCCGAUUUUACCCAGGGCACCAUUAAUGCAAGGAGAAGGCGUCUGUCGCCGAGUUGGUUCUCUCGCCUACCAACACGCUUGAAUGUGUGA